AUGUCACAAAGAAUUGGGACUCAAGUGUCAGCCCUCUCAAGAGUAUGGCAUCAUGUAGACAUAGCAUCAGAUAAACGAACAUUAGGUAGAAUAGCAUCAUCAAUAGCAUUAACAUUACAAGGAAAACAUAAACCAAUAUAUUCACCAAACAGAGAUCAUGGAGACUAUGUGGUAGUCACAAAUUGUGCUCAUUUAAAAGUAUCAGGUAAGAAAAUGACAGAUAAAACAUAUUGGUCCCAUUCUACAAAACCAGGAUCAUUAAAAUUAAUUCCAAUGGAGAAAAUGAUUGAAAAUAAAGGAUAUGGUGAAAUUUUGAAAAAAGCUGUUAAAGGUAUGAUACCUAAAAACUCACAUAGAUUGAUUAGAUUAGAAAGGUUGAAAGUAUUUGAUGGUGAUGAACAUCCUUAUAAAGAUAAUUUAAUCGCAUUUGCUGACGAAAUACCUGAAAUGAAGGAAAAACUUAAUAGAUUGGAAAUCGAAGAAGCUAAAAGAGCUAAAUCAAGAGAACAGUAUUUAUCUCAUCAAGAAUAG